AUGGCCCCCAGAAAGCGGAAGCAACAAGUUGUCCCAUCUGACCCUCGUCUCGACUUCUCCCACAACGAAGAUCUCAUCGGUGAAAUACUGUCCUGGCUUCCGGCGAAAUCUCUGCUACGAUUCCGGCGCGUAUGCAAGUCAUGGAAAGAUAUUAUCUCCCGUCCUUGUUUCGUUAACAAGCAUCUCAGCCGCGCAGCUGUCAGUAGAUUCCAGGUCCUUCAGUGUGACGGCAAUGACACAAAGCUUGAUUUAAAGGCAAACAAAAAGCCCGACUUACGAAGACUGUUCUCUACUGACAUAUAUUCUCUUACCGUUGGUAGUACUGAAAUCCUAACUGUGGGUUCUUGCAAUGGGUUGAUGUGUCUUCAAGUCUCAAGAAAGAGGGGGUUGUAUCUCUUAUGGAACCCUUGUACUGGAGAUACCAAGAUGUUACCUGAGCUUACAUCUAUUUCAGAUUAUGAGUUUUACGGAUUCGGUUAUGAUUUCGCUAACAAAGAUUACAAGCUGAUAGUGGGCAGUGAAUCUACAUCUGCAACAGGUUCCUGUACGACCAAAGUCGCCGUUUUUACACUGAAAAAUUGCUCGUGGAGGACAAUUGAAGGUCUCGAGCAUGUAAGGUUGAGAGGGUAUGGGUGCUCAUUAGACGGUUCUCUACAUUGGUUAGAGUGUAAACGAGAUCCUGAAGAUAGGUGGAAGGAAACAUAUAGAGUGAAAGUGAAAAUAAUCUCUUUCGAUUUAGGGGAGGAGAAAUUUCAGGCGGUUGUGUCAUUACCCACCGAUUUUCCGCAAAAUUGGUGCGGGAUUUCUGAGAAUUUGAGAGUCGAGGAGUUGGUUGCUUUCUAUGCUUCUGGUUGA